AUGCACGGCCUCGUGUGUCUCGUCGACGACCUCACCCACUCGCUCCCCCUUGUCCACGUCGACGUCCACGCCGCCCUCGUCGACGUGUCGGCCCAGGUCGUCGUCCGCCAGCUGUACAAGAACGACGGCGUCCUGCGUGCAGACUGCAGCUACCAGUUCCCCGUACCGGCAAGGGCCGCCGUCACCGCGUUCGCGCUCGUCAAGGUCGACGGGUCCAGGGUCGUCGGCGUCGUGCAGGAGAAGGACGAGGCCCGCAUCACGUACGAGGACGCGAUCAAGGAGGGCAAGCUGUCGAGCCUGGCCGAGCAGGCGUCACCCGACACCUUCACGACCUCGGUCGGCAACAUCCUGCCCGACGAGCUCGUCACGGUCGAGCUCACCUACGUGACAGAGCUCGCCGAGGGCGAGUCGAACGAUUCGGUCCGGUUCCACGUGCCCACCCAUGUCGGCUGUCGCUACGGCGACCCGCCGUCGACGAGCCACGUCGCCCCCUCGGCGUCAACGACCGGCGCCUUCUUCACUGUCGACGUCAAGAUCGAGAGCAUGGCCGCCAUCGCCAAGGUCAACUGCCCGUCGCACGCCGUGUCGACCGAGCUGGGCCCCGACCUUUCGCUCCCGGGCGCCGACCUCCUCCCGUUCAGCAACUACGCCCACGUCACGUCGACGAGCAAGCUCGCCCUGUCGUCCGACUUUGUCCUCGAGAUCACGUCGGCCGGCCUCGACCGCCCACGUUGCGUCGUCGAGCACCACCCGUCGCGCAACUCGACCGCCAUCUCGCUCACGGUCGUCCCGCGGUUCGACCUGCCCGAGGUCAAGGGCCAGGAGUACGUCUUCCUCGUCGACCGCAGCGGCUCGAUGGGCAGCUGGGGUCCGCCGGCCGGCGGCGCCGGCAGGAUCGGCCUCGCGCGCAAAGCGCUCGUCGUCCUCCUUCGGGCGCUCCCGAGCCGCGACUCGCUGUUCAACAUCGUCUCGUUCGGCUCGACGCAUGACAUCCUGUGGCGUUCGGGCAGCCGGGCGUACAACCAGGGCACGCUCGACGAGGCGACCAAGCUCGUCGACUCCAUGGACGCCGACAUGGGCGGCACCGAGAUCCGGGCGGCGCUCGAGUCGGUCUUCUACCUGCGCGACAAGAAGCGGCCGACGAGCGUGUUCGUCCUCACCGACGGCGACGUCUGGGACCUCGAGGGCGUCCUCGACUCGGUCAAGGCGGCCGUGUCCGCCUCGUCGGCCGACGCGCCCUUGCGCGUCUUCUCGCUCGGCAUCGGCGAGUCGGCUUCGACCGCCAUGGUCGACGGUCUCGCCCGCGUCGGCCGCGGCGUCGCGCAGUACGUCAGCGAUGGCGAGAGCUUCACGGGCAAGGCGUCGCGGCUCCUGCGCGCGGCACGGUCGCCGCCGAUCCUGAACGCCCGUAUCGACAUCGGCGCCGGCGCCGAGGCCGCCGCACGUGUCGCUGCUGCACAGAGCGCAUCGAGCCGCAGCGACGACGAGGACUUCGAGGUCGUUGAGCCGUCCGAGGUGCCCGACGACCCGGCCGCCGACAAGGUCCAGUCGCUCAGCUUCUUCGACGAGACGGUCGACCCGCUCAAGCUCGGCAACACGCAGUCGGCGCCGACUGCCGAACCCGUCAUCCUCCCUCCCCCUCCGCCCGUCCAGCUCGCCCCCUCGACCCUCCACAGCCUGUACUCCGGCUCUCGCCUCCACGCCUACGGCAUCGUCUCGCCGGCCUCGCUCCUCCUCGACAAGGUCGUCUUGCGCGGCGAGCUCGCGACCGGCCAACAGCUCGAGCUCGACGUCCCGCUCGUCGAGGCCCGCACGCCGGCCUCGCCCAACUCGCCGCCGCUCCUGCACGCGCUCGCCGCGCGCAAGCUCAUCCAGGAGCUCGAGGACGGCUCGUGCGCCGUGUCGCCGCCGGGCACCGAGGGCGAUCUCGCGGCACGCAUGCUCAAGGCGGCCGUCAUUCGUCUCGGCAAGGAGUACUCGCUCGCGUCGACCCACACGUCGUUCGUCGCGGUCGACGAGGCGGACGUCAAGCGGGGCAAGGUGCCCAAAGCCGUCGUGCACGUCCUCGAGGGCGGCGGCAUGGCCCGCUUUGGCGGCAGCCCAGGAGGAAUGCUCGGCGGCGCCAUGCCGCUCAUGGCGAUGGCCGCGCCGGCGCCGGGCGGUCCGCCGGGCGGUCCGCCUUCUCGUGCCAUCCUGCGCUCGCGAGCGGCUCCCCUUGCGACGUUCGCCGCAGCUCCUGCGCCGGCAGCCGCGAUGGCGUUCGCCGCGCCCGUUCCGCCUCCGCCGCCGGCACCUGCCCAGCACCGCCAGCCCCUCUCGGGCACCGCCGCCGCCGCCGACGCCCCCUCCCGCUCCCUCGAUAUGAGCCUCGACUCGCCGUCGACCGCCUCCACCGCCGCACCACUCUCCUCCCUAGCAUCCUGCGACCCUUCCGCCGACCAAAGCGCUCUCGAGCCGCCAUCAAGCGCCACCUCCACCGCGCCCGCAGACCGACUCGAGCAGCUAGCUCGUGCGCAGGCCUUCGACGGCUCGUUCGGUCCGUCGGCGCUCGCGGCGCUGCUCAACCCGCCGAGUCUCGACGCCCUCCCCGAGCAGGUCCGGGCUCGCGCGAGCGAACGCGUGCGGGUGACGCUCGCGGUCCUGGCGUAUCUCGAGCAGGGCGUUGCCGGCGAGGAGAAGGAGGCGUGGGAGGGCAUGGUAGAGAAGGCGAGGGCGUGGGUCGCCGACGAGCUCGAGCGCCUCGCCUGCUCUUCUCAACUCCCGCCUCGAACCAUGCCUUUCCACGUCAAGUCGGCGGCCCUCAGCGCCAAACUCGCCGCCGAGAUGAGCCUGCGCACGAGGCAGCACCCCGUGUCCUGUCAGUCGACCAUCACGGUGCGCUCGGCGACCGGCAACUCGGACAAGCUCGUCGCCGCCGGUGUCACCCACCCCGAGUCCAUCAGGAUCAUGAUCGCUGCGCUGCAGAGUCUGCUCGAGGUCCUGCGCGCGAGGGGCUCGGACCUCGGUACCGACUUUUGGACCUUCAAGGUCGUCUCGCUUUCCGGCCACAAGCCGACGAGUCGCCUGUGCGACUUGAUCCGCAUCGACCUCUCGCCGUCGACCCGCUCGACGACCAACGUCGUGUCGAACGUGCAGCUUGCUGAGCCGCACACGACUAAGUUUGACCCCGACCGCGGCAACCCGGGCUGGUUCGCCGCAAAGUGGGAACGAGUCACCGACGGGCAGCGAGAAGACGGCAGUCGCCCCUCGGUGCAGGUCCGACUGAGUUGGUCCAGCCGUCAAGGAGGACAGCGCAGCGUCGAGCAGGGAAAGGCGGCCCUCGUCACGACGUUCGAGGAGUACGACGUGUUUCCUCCUCCUCCAGAGCUCGCCGUCGACGACCACCUCCUCGUCUCGAUCUCUGCGUCGUCGUCGUCGUAG